GAUCGCUAACUUGGACGUACUUUCUCUUCCGGCCGGGCGGUUUGAAAAUCAAUCGAAUAUAUACUUUUGAGGCUGACUUGCUUCUGCCAACUCAAAAUCUGAGCUCAAAACCUGUUUUCAAGUCAAGGAGCCUGUUCGAUGUUCACAGCUGACAACAUGGGAAACUCAAGGGGGCGGGAAAUCAUGGCAAUGAAAAUCCUCAUAGUUUGCAUUAUUUGUACAUACCCUUUAGCCCAUGGGCAUUUGUUCCCGCAAGAUUCGGAGAGCCGAGAAACACGGAGUUUGGACGGAAUAUGGCAUUUCAGGAUAUCGCCCAAGCUUGAUCCGGAUUUCGGAUUCCGAGAGAAAUGGUUUGCCAAGAACUUGGACCAAACGUCGGAUGCUCAAGACAAUGUGAUUCCGAUGCCGGUGCCGGCUAGCUACAACGACAUCACGCAAAACAGAACCAUCCGAGAUUUUAUCGGCUGGGCUUGGUAUAGUCGCCAAUUCUUCGCUCCUAAAUCGUGGAACAAGGACAUUCUCGUGUAUUUGCGAUUUGGAAGCGUUCACUACACUGCCAACGUGUGGAUCAAUGGAAAACCUGCUGUUAAACAUGCUGGUGGUCAUUUGCCUUUUGAGGCUGAAAUCUCGUCCUAUCUAAAGUUUGGACACACAAAUCUGAUUUCUGUGGCUGUGAAUAAUACCUUGACACGCCACACAGUUCCUCAAGGUGCAUUCAAUUGGAUGAACAAGUCCAAGCAUUAUCCGUCCGGAUAUUUCACUUUAGACUACCACUUCGAUUUCUUCAACUACGCCGGAAUCCAUCGUCCUGUAAUCUUGUACACUGUCCCCAAAAGUGGAUUCGUGCAAGAUGUAGAGGUCAAUUUUGAAGUAUCCAAGACCUUGGAAAAAGCUCAAGUUUUCUAUAAAGUCCAAGUUGCGUCUAACAUUUCAACCAAAGCCUACCAGAUCCAUGUAGAACUAAGAUCGGCAUCCGGGUCCUUGGUGUCCCACGUUCCUGCUCAAAAGGGAAUCAUUCAAAUCGUUCAGCCCCGUUUAUGGUGGCCGUACCUCAUGCACGAGAAUCCGGGAUAUCGUUAUGAAAUGAAGAUAUCUCUGACCGAUCCUUCGAACCCUGACAUUGUUCUUGAUUGCUACCGAUUGAAAAUUGGCAUUCGAUCGCUCCAUUGGAACAAUUCUACAUUGCUGAUUAAUCACAAGCCGUUCUAUUUCCGCGGAUUCGGGCGUCAUGAAGAUUCUGACAUCCGUGGUAAAGGUUUGGAUCUGGCUUUAGUCGCUAAAGAUUUCAAUCUCAUCAAAUGGAUUGGUGCCAACUCCUUUCGAACUUCGCAUUAUCCUUACGCUGACGAAAUCAUGGAUUUUGCGGAUGAUAACGGUAUAGUGAUCAUCAAUGAAUGUCCCGGCGUUGCAUUGGACCACUUCAGUGACAAACUGUUGAAAAAUCACAAGUUUGCCCUUCGUGAACUGAUUCAAAGGGAUAAGAACCGUCCUAGUGUCGUCAUGUGGUCCAUAGCCAAUGAACCCAGAUCGAACAAAAAAUCGGCCGAACCGUAUUUCAAGGAGGUGGUUCGCUACACAAAGGUUCUCGAUCCCACUCGACCUGUUAUCGUCGUGGUCAAUGGAGACGUGCACAAAGACCAAGCAGUAUUACAUGUUGAUUUCAUUGGGAUCAAUCGAUAUUUCGGCUGGUACUCAGAUCCGGGACACGUCGAGCUAAUCCAAAUGCAAAUGUUCAACGAUUUGAAAGCAUGGCAUGACACUCAUCACAAACCCUUAAUCGUCACGGAGUAUGGAGCCGACACCGUGGCGGGUCUGCAUCAAGAUCCGUCUUUCCAAUUCACGGAGGAAUAUCAAGUGGAAUUGAUGACUCAGGAUUUCGCAGCUUUCGAUCGAGCCCGCGCGGAAUCGUAUAUUUCAGGAGAGAUGAUCUGGAACUUUGCUGAUUUCAUGACUAAACAAGAAGCACGCCGUGUGGAUGGUAACCGCAAGGGAAUAUUUACCCGCCAACGACAACCGAAGAUGGCUGCUCAUGUGAUGCGGAUGCGUUAUUGGAGCUUAGCCGAAGUGAUGCCCCCACAAGGUCAGCCCUCAACAAUGAACUUCCUGAGUGCUAGCUGCGGCCUAUUGGAGCCCAAUUUUUGAAAACAUUGCAAUAACAGAUUGUGCGCUAGAGAACUGCUUUUUGUAUAUUGUUGGCUUUGGAUAUUUCCACAUGAAAUAAUAAAGCAAAAUACAUCCAUUAGUAAUGUAUUCAAUGGCACAAUAUAUAUUGCAAUGCUCA